CGUAGACGGGCUCUGCUAAUAGCUUAAAAGCUAACAUUUAUGAUGGAGAGAAAUGCAUAUUUUUGGUGCUUUUACUGUAUGUUCUGAGAGGUUACAAUACCUUUAAAUAAAAACAUGUCACACGGCGACGGAGUAUUGCAUUCAAAUGGCACAAAGACGGUGUUGGAUUAUGCAUUAGCCCAAAAACAAAGUGGUGCGCACGCGCGAUGUAAACGAAAGUAAAACUGACUGAGAGCUGCACGAAUGUUUCGGGGAAAACCGACAGAUCUUUAAUACGCCAAACAGGCAGUUAAACAGAGAGUUAUCAUUUUAACACGAACAGCAACGAUGCCUGAGAUUUCGACCAUUUAUAAGAUAUCGGUCAUCGCAUUUACAUUGUUUUUUGGUGCUUCCGGUUCUGGAUGUCCGGUUCUGGAGUGCUGGUUUGUUCAGGAGAAACCGGGUCAUGGAGGGGGUUUCUCAGUACCCAUGAGUCAAGAGAAAUCUCUAAUGUUCAUCAGAACUGAAGCCUACAGUGAAGAGAGCUUGUCUGCUCUUCAUCCUCCUGCAGACAUCAGCCCAUCCAGGAUUUACUAUAUGACUGAUCCAGCUGGGACGUUCUGCAGCGCCGCUCUGAAUCCACCCAAAGGCUCUGUGAACAAACCCAAGUGUGAGAUUAACCCUUUCAUGCCUCACUCCUCUAUGGUCAGAUGGGCGUCUGCUCUCACUGACUCCGCCCAGAGUCCAGUCUACCUGCAAGCUGAUUGGUUCUCAGUGGCAGCACAAGGGCUUGACGAGCAGCUGACGCUGUCUAAUAUCAUGAGAGCGCCUUCAGCUUCAAAAGAGCCACAAGUCAUCCUCAGUGUCUCCAGUAAGACUCCUGUGGUCCGCUCUAGACUGGGAGAACCGGUUCUGCUAGACUGUGGGUUCUGGGUUGAUGCGUCUUCUCCGGUUCACGGCUCUGGAUUCUCUGUCGAGUGGCGCUAUCAGUUCCGCGGUGAAGGACGGCUGGUCCUCGCUUACGACGGCAAGAACGAUCGGUUUGCAGAGACAUCAGAGACCGGAGCCGAUAUCAACAUCACAGGCCUCUAUGAGAAAGGAAACGCAUCUCUGAUUCUGGAAGAAUCUCAAGUGAGACACUCAGGAACUUACAUCUGCACAGUGUAUCUUCCUCACCUGCUGGCUCAGGUAGCUGUGGACCUGGAGAUAGUUGAGCCUCCGUCUCUGUCCAUCUACCCGUCUCCUCUUCCUCUGCUGGUUCCUGGGCAGGUGCUGGUGGUCCAGUGUGAGGCGUCUGGUUUUGCUCCUCACACUCUGGAUCUGAGCUGGGAGUUCAGUGAUGCAGACGGGACGUCCCGGUCUCUGGGUCAGGGCAGUGUAACGGGUCACAGACAGGCGUCUGAUGGCACCUUCAGUCAGAGCAGCCGUCUGGAGCUGGACUCGGUGAAGCUGGGACUCGGUCGUGGUGGAGAAGUCACCUGUGUGGCCAAACACGACGGAGGAACACGACGAGCAGCUGCGACUCUCAGUGUGAUCGGUGUCAGUGCUCCUUCUAUUGAGGACUCGAUGGCCAUGGUCGCUGUUGCACUUGUUCUUUACGGCCUGAUAAAGUUUCUUUCCUGGACACUCAGCUCUUCUGACUCCAGUGAGACUGAAUCAAAGGAUAAGAAGGAGAAGUAAUCCUGGACCUGGAGGUGAUUUUAAAGGCUGAAUAGUGUGCAGAGAAACUGGUCUUGUGAAGAAUCCUUUCAGAAUAGUUGUAUGUACUGAGUUUCAUUCUUUGCUUAAGAUUUUUAGACUGCUGUAUGUGUUUGGGUUGGUUACUCUGUGUAAGUUUUCUUUUUUUAUUCAAAAAAUGUGAUGCUGGUUAUAGAAAAGUCAGUUAAACAAAUCUGUAAAUUUUGUCAUGUAAAAUGUAAAUUAAUUGUUUUUU